AUGCGAUUACAAAGUGGAAAGAUCAUUCACAUGGCUGAUGAAAUGUCAAAUGUGAAUGGUGGUUCAUCCACCAAUGAUAGCAUACCAGUAAUUGUGCAACAAGCGGACGUGACUUCACGUUCGGAAGGUGCAUUUGGAAGUGAAAUAUAUCAACAACAAGUAGAGGAAAGUCACCAUGACUUACUCAAUUUAUUGACUCAACAAAUGAUCACAAUUCUGAAUCCUAUGAUGGCUGAUCACGAAUCGAAAUUCGAACGUCUUGCUAGACAAGUCGAACGAAUUGCCCGAAUUGUUGAUUAUGAUGAGGGUGAAGGGCAUAAUGCCAGAGGAAAUAAUGAAGGAUUCGGGAAUGGAUUUCAAAAUGAAAACAAUAUUUUUAAUGAAGAAAAUCCUCAUGUAGUUUCUCGUGGGCAAAAUGCAGAUGAAGUUCUGGCCAGGUUACGUGCUAAUCAUGGCGGUGAAUGUUAUCAGGUCACCAGAAUUGUGGAAGAAGUACUGAAUCGAGUUGGUCUGAAUGUUGGUUUUAUGAACCGACCACACUUUGUGUCUGCUUUCCUCCAAGUUAUUCAAAUGGCUGAAGUGCCAAGAGGGGUAAAAAAUCCAAAGAUAGUCACAAAGUUUGCCAGGAAAGUUGGAGAAUCAACCACUGAACAUGUUGCCAAUGAUGAAAAUUUGAAGGUGAAGUUUUUUUCUUCUUCGUUAACGAAGAAUGCAUUCACUUGGUUUUCGAAUCUCAAACCAAAUUUGUUAGCAACAUAG